UUCACUUCACUUCACCUUCUCCAUCUCUACCUCCCUGCUCCCUGUAAGCUUCGUUAAUGGCGUUUCAGAUCUAAAAAAAGACAAACUCUUUGAGGUUCACUAAAUUAAGUUUCACUCGAACCAAAGAGCUUAAAGAAGAACAGGCAUUGAUCUUUUCCAAUCAAAAGACUGAUUUUUUGUGUCGUGCGUGCUUUUAUAACUGAUGCGUAAGAAAAUUAUGUAUUCCUUUCCGGAUGAAGUGCUGGAGCACGUCUUCUCUUUCAUCCAAUCCGACAAAGACAGAAACGCGGUCUCGGUGGUGUGUAAAUCGUGGUGCGAAAUAGAACGUUGGUGUCGGAGGAAGGUGUUUAUCGGCAACUGUUAUGCCGUGAGCCCUAGGAUGGUUAUUAAGCGGUUCCCGGAAGUUAGAUCCAUUGAGCUGAAAGGGAAGCCGCACUUCGCGGACUUCAAUCUGGUCCCAGACGGUUGGGGUGGCUACGUUCUUCCGUGGAUCGUCGAGAUGGCUGGCGCCUACCCUUGGCUCGAAGAGAUUCGGCUUAAAAGGAUGGUAGUUACGGAUGAAAGCUUGGAGCUUAUCGCUAAGUCGUUUAAGAAUUUCAAAGUGCUGGUGCUUUUUUCUUGCGAAGGGUUCUCAACCGAUGGACUUGCUGCCAUUGCUGCUGGUUGCAAGAAUCUGAGAGAGCUGGACUUGAGGGAAAGUGAAGUGGAUGAUUUGAGUGGGCAUUGGCUUAGACAUUUUCCUGAGACGUGCACAUCCUUACUGUCCCUAAACAUUUCUUGCUUGGGAUCCGAUGAAGUUAGUGUCUCAGCCUUGGAGCGCCUGGUGGGUAGAUGUCCCAACCUGAAGUCUCUUCGGCUCAACCGUGGAGUUACCGUUGAUAAGAUUGCCAACAUUUUACAUCGUGCGCCACAGUUGGUUGAUUUUGGCACUGGUAGCUAUUCUGCUGAGCUACGACCUGAUGUCUUGUUGAACUUGGCUGGAGCUUUUUCUUGUUGCAAGGAGUUAAAGAGCUUGUCUGGGUUUUGGGAUGUGGUCCCGGCUUAUCUUCCAGCUCUUUAUUCCGUGUGCUCUAGAUUAACAUCUCUGAACUUAAGCUAUGCUACCAUACAGAAUCCUGAAAUAAUCAAGCUUGUAAGCAAUUGUCCAAAUUUGCAGCGCCUUUUGGUACUUGACUACAUUGAAGAUAGUGGCCUUGAAGCACUUGCUUCUAGUUGUAAGGACCUACAGGAAUUACGUGUGUUCCCAUCUGACCCAUUUGGUGCAGAGCCGCAUGUCUCCUUGACAGAACAGGGCCUUGUCGCUGUUUCUUUGGGUUGUCCUAAGCUACAGUCAGUUUUGUAUUUCUGCCGUCGAAUGACUAAUGCAGCAUUAGUCACCAUAGCCCAGAAUAGUCCAAACUUUACACGUUUUCGUCUUUGUAUAAUUGAGCCUAAAACAGCUGAUUACCUGACCCUCGAGCCACUUGAUGUUGGUUUUGGAGCCAUUGUCGAGCAUUGCAAGGAUCUCAGGCGGCUUUCCCUCUCUGGUCUCCUCACAGAUCGUGUAUUUGAAUAUAUUGGGACAUAUGCAAAAAAACUAGAAAUGCUGUCCGUGGCUUUUGCGGGAGAUAGUGAUUUAGGACUCCAUCAUGUGCUUUCCGGCUGUGAAAGCCUCCGGAAGCUAGAGAUCCGGGACUGUCCCUUUGGGGACAAGGCUCUUUUGGCCAAUGCUGCAAAGCUGGAGACAAUGCGAUCCCUUUGGAUGUCAUCUUGCACCGUGAGUUUCGGAGCUUGUAAGCUAAUAGGGCUGAAGAUGCCCAGGCUGAAUGUUGAAGUUAUAGAUGAGACGGAACCUCCAGAUUCAAGACCCGAAAGCUGCCCAGUUGAGAAGCUCUACAUAUAUAGGUCUGUCUCUGGGCCAAGGUUUGACAUGCCUCCCUUUGUUUGGACAAUGGAUGAAGAACGUAAGGUCAUGCAUUGAAGGCUUUGUUCAGGCAUCAUCUAUGAGCUCAGUUGAUUUCAAGAAUGAAUGUAUCAGGUACACACCCUCCUAGUCAUCGUUCCGCCUUAAUUUAUAUGUAGCUUAACAUAAUUGCAGGUUUGAUUGGAGUGGAUGAGAACAUAGCAUGUAGAGGGUACCAGAUUUUUCCAUUGUUUCUCCAUAGUUAUAAUGUAUACUACUACGUUUACAAGACUUGUGGAUGCUUAUGCACUUGAUUUUUGUAUCGUCUUUUUCGCGUAGUAAUCAUCUUCCGACCUGAAACCGUCAU